AUGAACGGAAAAGGAGUGAUGUCUCGAAGCUGUCGCAGAAAUUUCCGCAAAAACUGUGGGGGAAUUCGCAGGCACAUUACGGCAACCAUGAACAAGGCUAGAGAUGUAAUUACUACUAGCGUCCGAGCAAUGCAGUUUUCGUUAAGAAUCAACGUGUGGGCUGCGAUGGGAAUGAGCCGGCAGGAAGAACCAGCAAGUCAUGUUGAGAGUCUGAAGGGAGGAAAAUUAUUCAAAAUGGGAAGAUCUACUGAAAAUUCACAAGAAAUUCAAGAGAAAAAAAAAGAAAAGAAAGGAAGAAGGCUGAAAGAAAAAGAAAAAGAGUUUUGA